AUGUCUAGAAGAAGGUCUAGAAGAAGUAUGGAAAAAAUAUUAUUCAAAGUCAAAGGUGAAGGCGAUUUUCAGCAAAAUGGUUUCUCCAGGAGUCGGGAAUCACGUCGACGUAUCAACCGUCCACCAUCAGCGCAAUACAGUGCACUGAGCGAGCGCGUGCGCAUCAGCACGCCGGCCGCUCUCCAAUGCGCGUUGUUCUGUGGCGGCGCUAGCUGCCAGUACGAACUGCCGCAGAGACGAGAUAAUGCUAUACAAGGAUUGUACUCGGACUGGGUCACCGAAGACAUUCUGGCGAUGGCACGACCCAGCACCGCGAGCAUCGCAGCCAGGAACAUUAUACAACAGUUCCAUAGUUGGGGAAUUCGUACGGUGGUCAAUCUGCAAACGUCAGGAGAACACGCGAGCUGCGGACCGCCGCUCACGAGCUCCGGAUUCACAUAUGAUCCCACAAUAUUUAUGGCCAAUAACAUUUAUUAUUACAAUUUCGCGUGGCUGGACUACGGAGAAGCUAGCUUGAGUUGCCUGCUCAAUAUGACGAAAGUAUUGUCCUUCGCAUUGCAAGAGGGUAGAGUUGCCAUACACUGCCAUGCAGGUCUAGGAAGAACCGGAGUCCUGAUAUCUUGCUACUUGGUGUAUGCCCUGAGAAUCCGUGCUAAUGACGCGAUACGCCUCGUGAGAAAGAAACGACCUCGUGCUGUGCAGACAUCUGGACAGAUCCUGUGCGUGCAGCAGUUCGAGCAUUACAUACUACCGCAGACUGUUGUUUUCAGUACUAAGGAACCUUUAUUGUUGGCAAAGGGUCGAAAAUGUGCUGAAUUCAAUCUAAGGCAGUACCUAUAUCGGCAGCAAGCUACGCUUCACGGAAUAGAAGAGCGUGUCUUUCGAGAAAUUCCCAAGAUAGUCUACUGUAUCUGCGAGAGACUUCUCAAGUUGUGCGGCUGUCAUGAAAGUGGUGGACAGGACUAUGAAAUAAAGAUCCGUCCUUUUUAUAAGAAGUUCCUGUCGUACAGACUUAAAAAGAAUAAACCUACAGACCCGACAACACCUGAAGAGAUGCCUACAGAACAAGCAGGGUCUCUACCGCUACCGAUGGUGGAAUGGCGCGAUCCUGUAGAAGAAGACUUGGAGAGGAGCUUGGAGUCAGUCAGUAGGAUCACAUCCACAACCACUAAUGGUACUAUACCAGCGGUACAAGUGCAUGAGGCCUUCAUCUCAGAUCACCAAUGUCUUCCAGAAGAUAAACAGAAACGUCUAAAGCAGCUACGCAAUGACAUCAAUCAGAGACGAGAAGCUAUGGAUAUGAUUUAUGACGAGGAGGAUCCUGUAAUCUUAUCGGGGCUAUUGUUCGAAUGGCUGGAAGGUCUUAAGGACCCAGUGUUGGACCGCGAAGAUCUCUCCCUGAUUGUUGGCCGUGUGCAUAACACAGUCUGGUGUAUACAGGCAUUGGACAUGGUGAGAUAUAAUACUUCAUAG